AUGUCAGCACUUACGAAUCCUGAAGUUUUCGGCGGCACGAGUCCUCGUCUGCGCGUGGCAGCGGAUGGGACAUGCCGUUCCUGCAAGAGAUGCCGUCAGAAAAAGGUCAAAUGUGACGGCCACUUGCCCGCUUGCCAUGCAUGCCGUUCAAGAGGUCGUUCAUGUGAUUAUCCCCGCGAUGGCAGGAAGACAGCUACGCGUUCGAGAGCUGCUGAUAUACGGUCACUUCAAAGCCAGAUUGAAGAACUGAAGGCACAGUUGAAUACAAACAAUGCUGCAGAAAGCCGGGCUGAUAUUCAGACCGCGGACUUGCAGAGUGAGAUUCCGAGCAACAUGUCCAAUUCAUGUAAUCAGGCACCACAGACUCUUCCACAGCCCAUCUGUGAUCGAGACAACCCUGAUCCGGAUCUUGACUUGGCCACCUCAUCGCCCAACAUCGUCAACCCUAUGCAGCAGCCUUCGGCAAUCCAAUGGCCGCUUGAAUUUCCUGAUGAUGAUGGUGAUGCAGGAGCCAUAUCACCUAAUCCGAUGACCGGAAGUGGACAGUCACACUUUUACGGUACAACAAGCCUCUUGCAUGAAUCGCCCACCGGCAAAGAAAGCACUCGGGAUGAGGGCAUCAUGCACGAAUCAGCAAGAUUUCUAAUACCAGAAAUACAAAAUAGGCUCAUCGCAUACGCCGCAGUCAGCAAGCAGAGGGAAUUGGUGCUGCACUCAUCGCCCAGCGUUUCAAUGAACAUUGACUUUGACGGUAUUCAGAUGGACCUGGCAAUGCAUCUGCUGGACUUACAUUGGAACCGACUGCACUACCUUUAUCUUUUGACGUACCGUCCUGCUAUUAUGGAUAGCUUGAUCAACAACGGACCAUAUGUAAACAAAUUGCUACUGAACGCCAUUUAUCUCCAGAGCAGCCUAUGGAGUGAUCGUGACAGCCUUCGGUCAAAUCCUUUAGACCCAUCCACUACUGGCAUAACCUUCUACCACCGAUUCAAGUCAUUAUUGUUUGAACAUAUUGACCAGCCAAGCCUGCCCACCGUCGUUGCCUUAUUAAUAUGCGGGUCAUGUCUUAUUCAGUACGGCAAGCAGAAUGCUGGAUGGACGUUCUGCGGCAUGGGAUACCGAAUGAUUAUGGACCUUGGCUACCACCUGGAUCUUCGCAAGGAGGCUUCCCAGACCGGCGCUAAUUCGGUGACUUUGGCAAUCGAUAUAGAGAUUCAAAGGAGAGUAUACUGGGGAGCGUAUGCCAGUGACAAAUUCCAAUCACUCUUUCUUGGUCGACCGCCUGCUAUGCACGAAUCAGACGGCAACAUACCACACGAGUAUCUCGACUCGUAUGAAGAGCUUGAAGCAUGGUCGCCCUAUAAGGACUCAGAAGCAACUACUUUGGAUGAAUCGAUUCCACAUUACCAAUGCCGGCCAGCUUAUGCCCUAAGCACCUUCCAACACCUGCUGCAACUCUCAAAGAUUACUGCUCAGAUUAUCGACGAGUUCUAUACGUUCAAAAGCACCCAAUCAUCCGAAACAGUACUCCUGCAGGCUCGAUCCGAGAUCAGGGCUAGGCUCAGUCAAUGGACUACUCGACUGCCGAUUCACCUACUUUUUAACCCGGAAACCGAUGAUACUCCGCCACCUUAUCAGGUGAAUCUUCACACGACUUAUUGGACACUUCACAUCUUGCUCGAACAGGCUUUCCUGAUCCAAAAUCACUUUGAAUUCAUUCUCGAUCCUUCUGCUCAAGAAGAAGGCCGAAAGCUGUGUAUUCAAGCUGCACUUAGGAUCUGGAAACUCGUGGAGGCGUAUAAGGAAGCCUUUUCACUCCGCCACGCACAUUACGACUUGUCUUACGCCAUUUAUAGCGCUGUCAUCGUUAUGCUUCAACAUUUCGACAAGUCUCAUCGAGACCACCCUGACUACCUUGAUUGUAUACGGUUUUUCUGGCUGGCUAUUGUGGAGUAUCAAAGAUUAACAAGCCAUAUUGGGUGGAAGAAGCCGUUCGAACAGCUCCGUAAGCUUAUGAGAAAGGUCAAAAAGUCCAAUCGGCAGACGGGUCGUGGCGAGCAGGCUGUAACGAUUCCAGGGGACUCCGUCACUAUCACCGCUACUCAGGCUCGGCCAGCCGACGAAGUUCCGGGACCGAACACUUUCGAUGAGCUGUAUUUGGAUGCUUCUUGGGACGACACUUGCUUCGAUCCCAUGAACGAUACUCUGAUCGACGAUUCGAUCUUUGCCGAUGGUACCCUAUUUGGUCUCUUUAUGCAACACUGA